AGGGAAGGGGAAGCCAGAUGAGGCAGGGAGAGAGUGGAUUGAGCUGUCACAGGCUGCACUUCUCUCAAGGGGUUUCUGAUGACAACUGCAGGGAAAACUUGGACCGCCGCAAAGCCCUUCUCCAUCUCCUAGAGUAGACCUGGGACCUCUCUAAGUACAGAACUGGAAUCAUAAGGGAAACUGAACCCCUACCAGGACAAAGCCCUGAGAGCCCUCUUCAAAGAGAGGCCCUCCACUCAGCAGCAAACCCCACCCUAUGAGUGGGGAAAUUCAAGUCACCAAGAGCAGCCAUCAUUACCCCAAGUGCAGCUUGAGUCAUCAGGAAACCUGCAGCCCCCUGAGAACAGACAUUUAAGUCGCCACCUACACCCCCGCCCCAACAGCAGGGCCUGAAUCACCAGGAACCCCCAGUCCUUCAGAGUGGAGCUUUUGUUUUCUGCAUCCCUCCUUCCAAAGGGGCAUUUGAGUCAGCACUAAACACCUUGAAUGACAAGUCACUUGUCAUUCCUUAUGGAUAGAGCUUGAGUCACCAUCUGCUCCUGAGAGGAGAGCACAAGUUGACUGGGGUCUGCCCAAAUCAGAGCUCAAGGCAGCUAAGAACCUCCUGGAGAGGGGAGUGUGAGAUGAUGGGAAUCCUGGUUGAAAAUGCAGCUCCAGUCUCCAGAGCUCCCAUUUCUGGAGCAGAAGAUCCAUCCAGAGUCUUUGCUGUUCUUUAGACCAAGUAGUAAGAGUGGGGAAGAUGCCUUAUAAGCCAGGAUUACAGAAGAGUAUUCCUCUUGCUUCAUUUCUGGGGAUGUCCUGAUUUCCUCCAGCUUCACAUGCUUGCAGACAUCCUCUAGGUUCGGAAUUAAAGCCCCCAACCUCAUGUACAGCAGAGUGGGGAUGAAGCCUUGAGUCUCUCGCCAAGUAUCACAGAGCUCCCAUUCCAGUGUGGGACCUCCCUCUCCACCCCAAGAUGAUUUUGCAGCAGUGAUGGGAAAUCUGCUGCAGGUGUGACGUGCCCUCCUUGCAAGGGUGCUCUAUUGUACCUGCAUAGCUCAGAGUGAAUCAUCUGGAUAUUCAGGAGGCUCUGAUAGAUACAGAAUGCACAUAGUCAAGAGAGAGGAUGAAGAUGAGACGCCACAAGCUCUUUUUGACUCUCUGCAUGGCUGGUCUCUGCCUCAUUUCCUUCCUGCACUUCCUCAAGGCUCUCUCUUAUGUCACCUUCCCCCGGGAGCUGGCUUCACUUAGUCCCAACCUUGUCUCCAGCUUCUUCUGGAACAAUGCACCAGUCACACCGCAGGUCAGUCCUGAGCCGGGGGGACCCGAGUUCCUCCGCACACCACUUUACUCCCACUCACCCUUGCUCCAGCCCCUGUCUCCCAGCAGAGCCAGUGAGGAGCUACACAGAGUUGAGUUUGUUCUGCCAGAAGACACAUCAGAGUAUUUUGUCCGUACCAAAGCCGGUGGUGUCUGCUUCAAACCAGGCACCAAGAUGUUGGAGAAGCCACCAGUGGUCCGGCCAGAGGAGAGAUCAGACAGUGCUGCAUCGGGGCGGCCAGCCCGUAAGCCGCUGAGCGCCGGUGGGACGAAGCGGCGCAAGUGGGUGGAAUGCGUGUGCUUGCCUGGCUGGCAUGGUCCAAGCUGUGGGGUGCCCACUGUGGUCCAGUACUCAAACCUGCCCACCAAGGAUAGGCUUGCACCGCGGGAGACACCCCGGCGGGUCAUCAAUGCCAUCAAUGUCAACCACGAGUUUGACCUCCUGGACGUCCGCUUCCAUGAAUUGGGCGAUGUGGUAGACACCUUUGUGGUCUGCGAGUCUAACUUCACAGCAUAUGGCGAGCCACGCCCACUCAAGUUCCGUGAGAUGCUGCUCAAUGGCUCCUUCGACUACAUCCGCCACAAGGUGCUGUACGUCUUCCUGGACCACUUCCCCCUCGGCGGGCGCCAGGAUGGCUGGAUCGCCGAUGACUACCUGCGCACCUUCCUGACCCGGGAUGGCAUCUCCCGCCUCCGAAACCUGCGCCCAGAUGACGUCUUCAUCAUUGAUGAUGCGGACGAGAUCCCAGCCCGCGAUGGCGUGCUCUUUCUCAAGCUCUAUGAUGGCUGGACAGAACCCUUUGCCUUCCACAUGCGCAAGUCCCUCUAUGGCUUCUUCUGGAAGCAGCCAGGCACCUUGGAGGUGGUCUCUGGAUGCACAGUGGGGAUGCUGCAGGCCGUCUAUGCUACCGAUGGGAUCCGCCUGCGCCGCCGGGAGUACUAUACCAUGCCUGGCUUCCGGCAGUAUGAGAACAGCACGGGACACAUCCUGGUGCAGUGGUCACUGGGCAGCCCUCUCCAUUUUGCUGGCUGGCACUGUUCCUGGUGUUUCACACCAGAGGGCAUCUACUUCAAACUGGUGUCAGCCCAGAAUGGGGACUUCCCCCGCUGGGGUGAUUAUGAGGACAAGCGGGACCUCAACUAUAUCCGGGAACUGAUCCGGACUGGGGGGUGGUUUGAUGGCACCACCCAGGAGUACCCCCCCGCUGACCCUAAGGAACAGAUGUACGCCCCAAAGUACCUGCUAAAACACUAUGAGCGGUUCCGCUACCUCCUGGAGAAUCCCUACCGGAGGGCAGAGGUGGCUGGGUGAGGGGUGUGGGGCUUGCAUGGGAAAUGAACAACACAGCAAAGGGAAAGAGUAGGGUAUUUCCUCUUUUGGGUUUUUUUUCCUGGUUUUGGUUUCAGCUGGGGUGUACCAUUUCUUUCUAGUCUCUGCCUCUGGAGUGGAGCUGGGGGGUGGGGGGGUUAUUC